AUGCAACCUGGUAAUAAUAAUCUUGUUGGUGUUACUUCCGUUCGUUCGAAUUGUCGUGAAAAGGAACGACAUAGUAGAAUACAGGAACAACAAGAUAACGAUAAUGAACACGAAUUAAAACAAGAAAAUGAUGUUGAACAAUUACGAACGACUACUAAGGAUAAUAAUAAAAAAUCUAACAACGAUGAUCGGGAUACAUUGUCAAGGCAAAAUAUUUGCGUUAAUUCGAUCCCGUCAAAUACUAAUUUACCAUUGUCACUUUCGUUAGAGGACAGAGAAUUAUGGACUAGAUUUCAAUGUAUUACUAAUGAAAUGAUCGUCACCAAAAAUGGAAGACGAAUGUUUCCAGUGGUUAAAGUAUUGGCACAGGGUUUGGAACCGGCGGCCAUGUACACUCUUUUACUUGAAUUUGUACAGGUAGAUCCUCAUAGAUGGAAAUACGUAAACGGUGAAUGGGUUCCCGGUGGAAAAGCAGAAAUUGCACCUCCAAAUCCGAUUUACGUUCAUCCAGAGAGUCCAAAUUUUGGUGCACACUGGAUGAAAGAAGCUAUAUCUUUUGCCAAGGUGAAACUGACCAACAAGGCUAACGGUAACGGACAGAUUAUGUUAAAUUCUCUACACAAAUAUGAACCACGAGUGCAUCUGGUUCGAGUUGGUGCCGAGGAACAGAGAACUGUUCUCACCUAUCGUUUUCCUGAGACACAAUUUAUAGCAGUAACAGCAUAUCAAAACGAGGAAGUUACCAGUUUGAAGAUCAAGUAUAAUCCAUUUGCUAAAGCAUUCUUGGAUGCUAAGGAAAGACCAACGGAUACUCAAACGUAUCCUCAAUACUCUAGUGCUUGGUUCAUACCACAACCAACUAUGGGAUGCGAAUAUAGUACAACAUCCGGCAUAAUGGCACCACAAAAUCAAACGCAAAACGUCGUUAACAAUCAUUUAACUCAUUCUUAUGCUGUUUCUACUGGUGGACGUAGGAUGACACCGUAUUCCUUGAGACACAAAUAUACUCAAGAUGAGGAACAUUUAGAUCCAUAUGGAACUGUACCACUUUUACAUUCAACUACCUACGUGACACCAUCCAAUUGGUCACCACGUAGUCCAGAAUCUUUACAAAGUUUAAAUCCGGCAUGCAUACCACCACCACCACCACCCUCGCAAGAAUGGGCAACUUCACCCUCACCCUCGCCAACUUCUUCUUCGCAUACUACCUUAGCUAGAACUGUAGUUGGAACAAUGACACCUACCAGUGUUACAGGAUGUACACUUUACGUUCCAGCUAGUUUACCGUGUAACUCGAUGUCACAGGAACAUCCACAUAAUUCCGAUUCGUCGGCUUGGAUACACUCCAUGGCUUUGUCAGAUCAACAACAGCAACAUCAUCAUCAACAACAACAACAACAACAACAACAACAACACCAGCAACAGCACCAACAACAACAACAAUCUUAUUUAAAUUUGAAUUUGCAUCUGCACCAUCAGAUGCCACCUUAUACUACCGUAUCACACGGCGGAUUACAUCACGUUUUACAUCAAACCGAUAACGAGACGAUAUCAUCAGCCAAUUCAACUGAAUAUUCGGUUCAUGAAUAUCAUCAUGCACCUGUAUCUCCAGUACAAUCUACUACACCCGAUCAACAUCUACACAAGCAACAGCAUCAACACAAUAUGCAAAUGUUGCAUCUUCAACAACAACCUCUUACACAAAAUGAAACAACAUCACCAAAUGCCGGAGAAUAUGAUGAUCCUUCUAAGGAACAUCAUCACGUACCCGGCGUUUGUACAAAUCAAACUGUAGAAACUUUAAAUACUGUACAAUCCGAUGACGAAUGUAGAUGCUUGGCUGUGGUGAUAGAUCGUCACAAUCAUCAUCGGCAAAACAGCCAAUUGGCCAAUACCGAUCAACAGGCUAACGCUUGGACACCUUUAACACCACCACCAGCUCCUCAAACAACAGCUAUAUGAUUUACUUUUGUAUUAAUGUACAAUCGAAUAACGUUUUAACACAUUAUCGUUGGUAAAGGUAUUAAUACGUUUCUGAAAAAGUUACACCAAACGA